CAAAUUCUCCAUACACACAUCUCUUACACUCAAAAAAGCGGAGAAAAGUGUGAAAAUUUGUCAAAUAUUUUAAUAAACAAAAGGAAUUUAAGCAAAUCAAAUAAAUAACGUUUUGGCCGCGUGUUUACAAAAAUCGUUUGCAUGCGUCGCUUGAAGAAAUUAUCCAAGAGUCACAGUGUGACGGGAACGGGAGAAAACGAUGCGACGGCAGCGGCAACAACAACAGCGGCUGAAGCGGCCGUGUCAGACACGAAUGGAGGAGGAAACAUCGCAACGAAUACGCCAAAAGAGACUUUACUUAAUGUAGACAUCUUCAAGCAUUUUGAUAAAACUGGCCGGAGUGAAUUUUUAAAAUACCUAAAACUACAACUGCAGGAUAGUUCGGAGAGUCCAGUAUUUGAUCGGAAUGGUGUCUUUAAGCACGGCAUAUCGAAUGCCAUUUAUGAAUUACUCUGGCAAGCAUUGCGAUACAAGCUCAAGAAGGAUGUCGUGUUGCACGUGCUCACCGAUGUUGUGGCGCUUCACAAGGAGUUUCCCAGUCUCAUAUUGGACGUGGUCAACAUUCUGGACAGCGAAACUUCGUUGAUGACUGAUGGAUUGCAGGAGGAACGUCAUGGCUUUGUGCAAAUUGUUAAGGACUUGGACAAAGUGCUGCCGGAGAGUUUGUUAAAGGAGCGCCUGGAGAUUGACACGCUGCAGGAGGUGGGAAUUGUGAAGAACAAAAGCUUCUACACCAAAUUCAUCAAAGUCAAGACUAAACUAUACUACAAGCAGCGACGCUUCAAUCUCUUUCGUGAGGAAAGUGAGGGAUUUGCCAAGCUCAUUACUGAGAUGAAUCAGGACUUUGAGGAACAUACAACGCCCGAUACCAUUAUGGAUAUUAUAAAAUCUCUAAUUGGUUGCUUUAACUUGGAUCCUAAUCGAGUGCUUGACAUUAUUAUUGAAUCCUUUGAAACGCGUCCUGAUCGCUGGAAGCUCUUUAUACCACUACUCCGCAGCUAUAUGCCAACCGGAGCAAUAAUUUGUGAAGUGCUUGGCUAUAAAUUCUGUCACUUUAAGGCGGCACGAACUCCACGUUCCCUAUACCAUGUUUGUGCUCUGCUGCUAAAGCACGGCGUCAUCGAACUAAACGAUAUUUAUGUCUGGUUAACACCAAAUGAUGGCAGCAUACGUGCAGACUGGGAGCAGGAACUGGCCGAUGCCAGAGAAAUGGUGCGUAAACUGCAUGUGAUCUCCACCAAUAAGAAGGAAGAUGAUAAGGAACCACCACCGCCACCAACGACCAAGAAAUUCGAUGAGGAAAAGUACAAUACCAAUCAAAAGUUUGGACUGUGUGAGGCAUUGCUCAAGGUUGGCGACUGGGAGAAUGCUCAUAAAAUCAUUCAGAAGUUGCCGGAUCAAUCGGUUGUGGUGCAGGAACCCAUUGCACGUGCCAUUGUCGAGCUGGUGCAUCUAACAGUCGAGCAGGUCUACUACAAGAAAUGCUUUAAGGCGCCAUCCGGACGUAAACCAAGUCGUAGUCGUUUGUAUGAGGACACCAGCCUGGUGGCCAAGAUGCAAGCACGGAAUUUUAAUGAGCUGCGCAAAUAUACAUGGCCAAUGGCCAAUGUGCUCGGUCCCUCAAUGCAUUGCGAUACGGUUUUAAUGUAUAAACUAGUGCGCAUAAUGGUAAAAAUUCUACUGGAAAUGGGAGUAGACAGUUUAAAUGGUCCCCCACCCAAUACGGAGGCGGAACAGCAUUAUUAUGAUAUCAUAAGUUGCCUGGAUGCUUCAAUACUGCCAUCAUUGCUUUACCUGGAUAGCAAUUGCUCUAUGUCCGAGGAAAUUUGGGCAGUACUCAAGUUCUAUCCAUAUCAUUUGCGAUAUAGUAUGUAUGCUCGCUGGAAGAAUGACAGCUACCAGUUGCAUCCGAAUCUGAUACGACGCUGUGGCCUUGGACAACGUGACAUUAAGGCUCUAAUGAAGCGUGUCAGCAAGGAGAAUGUCAAACCAUUGGGCCGUGUGGUGGGCAAAUAUAGCCACUGCGCGCCGGGUCUGCUUUUUGAUUAUAUUCUUGUGCAGAUUCAAAUGUAUGACAAUCUAAUUGGUCCUGUUUGCGACUUGCUCAAGUAUCUGACAGCUUUGUCGUUCGACUGCCUGGGUUACUGCAUCAUUGAAUCGCUGACGAUGACGGGACGCGGUCGAUUCAAAGAUGAUGGCACCUCACUCUCACUCUGGCUACAGAGUCUUGCUUCCUUCUGUGGCACCAUUUACAAGAAGUACAGCAUUGAAAUGAGCGGCUUGCUGCAGUAUGUUGCCAAUCAGCUCAAGUCGCAAAAGAGUCUCGAUCUGCUUGUGCUGCGCGAGAUUGUCCACAAAAUGGCCGGCGUGGAGUCCUGCGAGGAGAUGACCAAUGAUCAGCUGCAGGCUCUCUGUGGUGGGGAGCAACUGCGUGGCGAGGCUGGCUACUUUAGUCAGGUGCGCAACACUAAAAAGUCCUCAAAUCGCUUAAAGGAAGCGUUAGCUAACAACGAUCUCGCCGUCACACUUUGUCUACUAAUGGCCCAGCAGAAGCAUUGCGUCAUCUAUCGCGAAACGGCCGCGCAUAGUCACUUAAAGCUGGUGGGCAGCUUGUAUGAUCAGUGCCAGGAUGCCUUGGUGCAAUUUGGCACUUUUCUGGGCUCCUCCUAUUCCGUGGAUGAGUACGUUGAACGCUUGCCAUCGAUUAUCACCAUGUUGCGUGAAUAUCACAUCAACACGGAUGUUGCGUUCUUCCUGGCCCGUCCCAUGUUCACGCAUCAGAUUAAUCAAAAGUACGAUCAAUUGCGCAAGGCAGAUCCCAAUGCCAAAAAGCUGACGACUACGCAAAAGCUGCAAAAGUAUUUGGAUGCCACGCAGUUGAUUAUGAAUCCCAUUGUCGAGUCGGUGAGACCGUUGCAUAGUGCCAAAGUUUGGGAGGACAUUAGUCCGCAGUUCCUGGUCACUUUCUGGAGCCUGAGCAUGUAUGAUUUGCAUGUGCCCAAUGAGAUUUAUCAGCGUGAGAUUGGGAAGCUCAAGCAGCUGGCACAGCAAGCAGCCGAUGGCAAGGAUUCGAAUCAGUCCAAGAAUAAAAAGGAACAGGAACGCUAUAUUGCGCUCAUGGAGAAGCUAAAUGAUGAGCGAAAGAAGCAACACGAGCAUGUGGAUAAAAUACUGCAACGUUUGCAGGAGCAAAAGGAUGGCUGGUUUUUGUUGCGCUCAGCAAAAUCGGCCAAGAAUGAUACGAUCACACAGUUCCUGCAGUUGUGCCUCUUUCCGCGCUGCACAUUCACUGCCCUGGACGCACUCUAUUGUGCCAAGUUCGUCCAGACCAUACAUAAUUUAAAGACAGCGAAUUUCUCUACGCUAUUGUGCUAUGAUCGGCUUUUUUGCGAUAUAACAUAUUCGGUCACCUCUUGCACGGAAGGUGAAGCGACACGUUAUGGACGCUUUUUGUGCGCCAUGCUGGAGACUGUGAUGCGGUGGCAUGCGGACCAGGCGGUCUUCAAUAAGGAAUGCGCCAAUUACCCCGGAUUUGUGACCAAGUUUCGCGUCAGCAAUCAAUUCUCCGAGGCCAACGAUCAUGUAGGCUAUGAGAAUUAUCGGCAUGUAUGCCAUAAGUGGCACUAUAAGAUCACCAAGGCGAUUGUGUUCUGUUUGGACUCCAAGGACUUUAUGCAAAUACGCAAUGCACUUAUCAUAUUGAUGCGCAUUCUACCCCAUUAUCCGGUGCUUUCAAAGCUUGCCCAGAUUAUUGAGCGCAAAGUGGACAAAGUGCGUGAGGAGGAGAAAACAAAACGUCCCGAUUUGUUUGCCAUUGCCUCGAGUUACAUUGGUCAGUUGAAGCAGAAGACUCCGCAUAUGUUCAAAGAGAGCGACUUCCAUCAGGUGGCUGAGCGGCCCGUUAAGGAAACAGCGCCCACACUGCCUGGCUCAGCUGUCAAGGUGCUGACCAACGAUAAGGCAACAUUGUCAACCUCUACAACAACACCUGCUCCGAUAGCGAAACCAUCAAGCGCGUCGUCCUUCUACAGCAAUGAGCAAAAAACCAACAGUAAGGAGCAGGACGUCAAAGCUGGUCAAAUCGCGAAACCUGUCAAGGUUGAAGGUACGUCCACAUCUGCGUCCGUUUCGAAGUCCGUUUCAGCGCCGUCCACCAGCGAACGUGAGAGUAAGCGGGAAACCACACAGUCGAUUGCAAGCAAUCGUAGCCUGGAUGUCAAGGAUGAGCUGCAGUCCAUCACUAAUGCCAACAACAACAACAACAGCAGCAGCAAUGGCAGCCAAACAGAACGUCGCAGUCGUGAACUGGAACGGGAACGCGAUCGUGAGAGGGAUCGAGAGCGUGAACGUGAGCGUGAGGAGCGUCACAGCUUGAGCAGCACACGUAGCUCGCAGCGAGAUAACAGUCGCAACAACAACAACAAGGAGCGCACAGAGGCGGAACAGCAGCAACGAGCCCGUGAGCGUACACAGCGUCUGGAGGAGAUCGAGGCUGCCACUCUGCGUGCCCAGAAACGUGAGAAGGCAACGCGACGAGAUGAGCGUAGUCAACAUCGACACGAUGGCGUUGAGACUGUAGAUUUGGUAGCAGGCAACACCAAUAGCAGCCAGGAUCAACGUCAUUACGAAGAAUAUGAAGGACGACAUCGGGAUCGGGAUCUCAGUUCGGUGUCCAACGAAAGCAAUGGCUCCCUGCAGCAUCGACGCAGCCACGAAACAAUUGACUAUGAAAAAGAUUCUAAACGUCGUAAAUUGGAAUCAUCGUCGAGCAGUUCAAAGAAGGUAGAGGAACUCGUUGAUAGUGUGAAGAAGGCACGAGGACUCAAAACCAAAGAGCGCAACAAAGACAAGCUGUCCGACGAGGAGCGUGAUGCCCGCAAGGACCGUAAACUGGGACGCAAGCGGGAUCGCAACGAGGAGUCUAGCAGCAGCGAUCACAAGCGCCGGCGUGAAGCACAAAACGGUGAUGACGAUUUGCGUGAACGGGACCGUCAUAGAGAGAAAUCGUCCCGUGAACGUUCUCAUGACAAAUUCGAUCGGGAACGUGGAGGCGGAAGUUCACGAGGUGACGAUCGACAGUACAGCCUCUCCAAGUCUACCCGCUCCUCAAGGAUCAACUAUUGAGCGGAUGAGGGAGUUAUAUUCCCGUUAAGUGAAGUGCAUUUGAUUUAAGAAUAAAAAAUGAAUACAAUUUUAUUAACUAUUUUAAUGUAAAGCGAAACAAAUUUUGAAAAUUA